AUGGAGUCGUCCACUCAAGGCAGGCUGGACCUCCUACGCAGCGUCACUGGGGUACCCACAAAAAAGGAGAUCAAAAAACUAUUGAAAACUAGUGGAGUUGGUGGCCGCAUUUCGGGUGAACCGAAACUACCCGCUCAACCUACUAGGGUGCCACCAAAUCUGCUGCAGAUCCGUUCAAUCAACAUUAAUGGUCAGGACAUCAAAUUGGCCGACUACGGAGAAGUUAUCAUUGCUAACAUCUCAAGCGCUGAGAGCUUCGAGGAUCUAAUCACCAGUAUGGCCGAGCACUGGAAGCCAAACAUGUACAAGCUGAUGCUCCGAAUGACGCAGACCUUUGUGGAAAGCACCAAAAAGGAGUUUUGGCUGAAGUACCACCUACCCACGGAAUCGGUGCUCUAUCAGAUCAUUCGACAAACACUGAAACUCCAUGCGAGCUUGGACCACAAAGAAGUCUCGGAGGCAUUGCCCGAUAUUCUGAGAAGCGUGCGCUGCUAUUUCGCCUCCCGCACUCCCCUUUGUCCAGCAGAGUUUCUGAAGAAGUGCCCCAAGUGCGUGGGUUACUACAAUGAGG